UCUUAUAGAAUGUCGGAACAAAGCACAAUUUCUGAGCACAUGUUACAGAGCACAUCUGAUAACUUACUCUCUUCUAACCAGUCUGGAUUACAGACAGAAUCAACACCAGAGGAAAUGAAACAGACUGUUGAGGAACACGGAAAUAAACUGCACUGGGCAGCUCUUCUGAUACUCAUGGUGAUAAUACCAACAAUUGGUGGAAACAUCCUUGUUAUUCUGGCUGUUUCAUUGGAGAAAAAGCUGCAAUAUGCAACCAAUUACUUUCUAAUGUCCCUGGCAGUUGCUGAUUUGCUGGUUGGAUUGUUUGUGAUGCCGAUUGCCCUCUUGACAAUAAUGUUUGAGGCUAUGUGGCCCCUCCCACUCGUUCUAUGUCCUGCCUGGUUAUUUCUUGAUGUUCUCUUUUCAACUGCAUCCAUCAUGCAUCUCUGUGCUAUUUCAGUGGAUCGUUACAUAGCCAUCAAAAAGCCAAUCCAGGCCAAUCAAUUUAACUCACGAACUACAGCAUUCAUCAAGAUUACAGUGGUGUGGUUAAUUUCAAUAGGUAUUGCCAUUCCAAUCCCUGUUAAAGGGAUAGAGAAUGAUGUGGAUAACCCAAAUAAUAUCACUUGCGUGCUGACAAAGGAACGCUUUGGCAAUUUCAUGCUCUUUGGCUCACUGGCUGCCUUCUUUAUGCCUCUUGCAGUCAUGAUUGUCAUCUACUUUCUCACUAUCCAAGCUUUACAGAAGAAAGCUUACUUGGUCAAAAACAAGCCACCUCAACGCCUAACAUGGUUGACUGUGUCCACAGUUUUCCAAAGGGAUAAAACGCCUUGCUCAUCACCUGAAAAGGUGGCAAUGCUGGAUGGUUCUCACAAGGACAAAACUCUGCCCAAUUCAAGUGAUGAAACACUUAUGCGAAGAACGUCCACAGUUGGAAAAAAGUCAGUGCAGACCAUUUCCAACGAACAGAGAGCCUCAAAGGUCCUAGGGAUUGUGUUUUUUCUCUUUUUGCUUAUGUGGUGUCCCUUUUUCAUUACAAAUGUAACUUUAGUUUUAUGUGAUUCCUGUAACGAGACUACUCUCAAAAUGCUUCUGGAGAUAUUUGUGUGGAUAGGUUAUGUUUCCUCAGGGGUGAAUCCUUUCGUCUAUACCCUCUUCAACAAGACAUUUCGGGAUGCAUUUGGCCGAUACAUCACCUGCAAUUAUCAGGCCACAAAGACAGUAAGAACUCUUAGAAAAUGCUCCAGUAAGAUCUACUUCCGGAAUCCAAUGACAGAGAACUCUAAGUUCUUCAAAAAACAUGGAGUUCGAAAUGGAAUUAAUCCUGCCAUGUACCAGAGCCCAAUAAGGCUCCGAAGUUCAACCAUUCAGUCUUCAUCAAUCAUUCUACUAGGUACACUUUUCCUAACUGAAAAUGAAGGCGACAAAACUGAAGAGCAAGUCAGUUAUGUAUAG